GAAGCAGUAGUUGGACUGACAUAGCGAACUGGGCGGCUGGUCGAUCUGCUCCUUCUACUGGCCGAGAUCGGGCCCUUGGCCGUACAAGUGGAUCUACCGAAGUAGAGUCGCAGCGCAGUCAAGUGCUGGAGCUAGCAAUGGCCGAGGGUGACUCAAAGGAUUACUUAUUUUUUCUGCGCCGGCUCCCUUGGCCUCGCUAACUUGCUUUUUCAUUUUUCUCUCUUCUUUGUUUCCCCUCAAGUCAGCUCGGUGUUUUCUCCGGUCUGCGCAUUGACUUCUGUGCCAUAUAUAAUCGGUGCGGCCCAGAACUUCGGAUAGUACAGUAGCGUUGCAGCAGCCCAUCCCUGCGAUCCGAGCUGAUCUGCACUCGCGAGUACGCCAGUCCGAAUAUUAAUAAGUCGCUCUGCAUUUCCCCCUCCUUGUUAGAUUCUCGACAUUCCUCAGUUCGCACCCCCGCACAGUCGGCCAUUGCAUACAGGAUGGAUUUGCUCGACUCGAAAUCGGAGAAGCUCGGCACAGAGCCAUUGGGUCCUGCACAGAUCUUUGAUCCUCCGUCGGAGGAUGAUUCAGAUCUGCCGCCGCUGACGAAAACCACCGAGCGCAAGUUGAUGGCCAAGAUUGAUUGGCACAUCCUGCCAUGCUUGUGUGUUUUGUAUUUGCUUGCCUUUUUGGACCGUGUUAAUAUCAGUAAUGCCGCCAUUCUUGGACUCAAGUCCGAGUUGGGCCUGACGACCGGAACGAAAUAUAAUGCCGCAUUGACGAUUUUCUUCGUGCCGUAUAUUCUUCUCGAAAUUCCUUCUAACAUUCUGCUCAAGAAGUUGAAGCCCCAUGUUUGGUUAUCGCUUUGUAUGUUUGGAUUUGGUCUCGUGAUGAUCUGCCAAGGUCUGAUCUCGAGCUGGGGUGGAUUGAUGACCACUCGAUUCUUUUUGGGAGUAUUCGAGACGGGCAUGUUCCCAGGCUGCUUCUAUCUGAUGGGAAUGUGGUAUAAGCGAAGUGAAGCCCAGAAGCGUUUCAGUUUCUUCUUCAGCUCCACCACCCUCGCAGGCGCUUUCGGUGGUCUUUUGGCAUACGGACUCGGACAGAUGGACGGUGUUCGUGGCUACAUGGGUUGGCGCUGGGUGUUUAUCAUCGAGGGUCUGAUCACUUGCGUGUUCGCAAUCGUCUGGUUCUUCGUCUUGCCCGACUUCCCCGAAGAUGUCAAGUGGCUGACCGAGGAGGAACGCGAGUUUGUGAAGGCGAAGCUGGCCAAAGAUGUCGGCAAGUCGGCUCACCACAUCAAAAUGGGCUGGCGUGAGGUCUUUGGAGUUCUCAAGGAUUACAAGGUUAUCAUUGGAGGCUUCAUGUACUUUGGUCUCAUCGUCCCCGCAUACGGCUAUGCUUACUUUGCGCCCUCGAUCAUUCAAAGUUACGGAUAUUCCUCGGUCAAAACCCAAUUGUACUCUAUUCCCCCUUGGGCGGCGGCAUUUGGAUUUUCCUUGAUCAUUGCCUGGUUCUCCGAUCGUCUGAGGUUCCGUUUUGCAUUCACCGUUAUCCCAAUCUGCGUUGCAAUUGCUGGCUUUGCCAUGCUGUUCUGCAUCCACGGCAAGGAGCACCGCGCAGCCCAGUACGGUGCGCUAUUUCUGGUUACUUCCGGCGCUUACAGUGCUAUGCCCGUCAUUGUCUGUUGGUUCGCGAUGAACCUGGGUGGUCACCACCGCCGCAGUGUGGGCUCAGCCUGGCAGAUUGGCUUUGGUAACAUCGGUGGUAUUAUUGCUACUUUCUCCUUCCUGAGCAAGGAUGCGCCAAACUACAAGCCCGGAUACAGCAUUUGCAUCUCCUUCUGUUGCCUGUCUAUUCUGGCCUGCAUUGCCUAUGCUCUUGCUUUGAUGCAUGAGAACCGGAAGCGUCAGAACACGCCUGUCGAGGCGCGGCCUUCCUCUGCGGAAGAGGAGUACCUCGGAGACUUGGCCCCAAGCUAUCGGUACCAGCUCUAGUCGAUGUCAUUGAGUCGGAAUCUAGAAAUUUGGUCCACGGGCUUUCCCACGGUCGAUGUAAACCUUCCGGUUUCCGCGGCAAAGACUGGGCAUUGAUUGCCUUUCAUGAUAUAUGAGUUACGAAGCUUUCAAUUCCGGAUGCUUUGAACAUACAUGAUAUGAGAUAUAGGACUGACAUAUAUAAAUCACAAUGAUUUCCUGUCAUUGUGUCUAAAUAAUGCAUGAUUUGAUUCCCGUAAUCUGUUUCGCCUUAAAAAAAGUGCCAUUCUUG